UCAGGAGACAGACCAGUCUAACAGGUAAGCAGUUUGAGCAGACAAGAAGAGAGGCACCAUUCAACAAGUUAUAAGAGGUUCUACCGAACAGCGGAACCUGAUCUGGGUUCAAAAUGUCGCUUCUAGCUGUUGUGGUCCUUUUGGGGACAGGACUGAUGGUGAACAGCGAAAAGCACUCCCUCACUUACAUCUACACGGCCUUCUCCAAGCCGGUGAAUCUCCCGGGGCUGCAUGAGUUCACCGCCAUGGGUCUACUGGAUCACCGGAUGAUUGACUACUAUGACAGCGAGCACCAAACAAAAGUUCCCAAACAGGACUGGAUGAAAGAGCAUCUUGAACCAGAGUACUGGGAUAAGGGCACCCAGUCCAGAAAGAGCAAGCAGCAGUGGUUCAAAGUCAACAUCGACAUCUUGAUGAAACGGAUGCAUCAGCCAGACAAUAAUACCCAUGUUCUGCAGUGGAUGCAUGGCUGUGAGGGUGAAACUCAGCCUGACGGCACCAUGAAGUUUGUCCGUGGGAUGGACAUGUACAAUUAUGAUGGAAACGACUUCCUGUCCUUCGACGACAACCACCAGGUUUGGGUUGCUCCAGCUCCUGCAGCACUGGAGACCAAGAGGAAGUGGGAUGAGGUCACGGUCCUGAAGGAAUACACCAAGGGCUACCUGGAGAAGGAGUGUAUGGACUGGAUGACCAAGUUCAAAGAGUUUGGGAAAGAGCAGCUUGAGAAUGCCAUUCCACCUGAAGUGUAUUUGUUCUCACGUUCGUCCAAAACUGAAUCAACCACCAUCUUGACGUGUCUGGCCACCGGCUUCUACCCAAAAGAAAUCGAGCUGCGGAUCCGAAGAAACGGGCGGAUCCUCACUAAAGAUGACGGGGUCGAGUCCACUGGAGUUCGCCCAAAUAAUGACAAUACCUUCCAGAGAAAAGACCACGUAGAGAUUUUAAAGUCCGAUGAGUCCAUCUACACCUGUGAAGUCAGUCAUCCUGCAUCUAAAAUGCGUGUUGAAAUGAAGUGGGAUCGAAAAGAUCUCAAAGAAGGUGGAAGUAAUAACAUCAUCAAUGGUGCUGUUGCCGGUGGCCUGAUUGUGCUUGUGGGGAUUGGUGUGACACUUGCUGUCCUCAAAUGGAAGACAAACAAACUCGAUUGCCCUGAAAGGAAAUCUGUCAGUCUAAGUUCCGUGGCUGUCCCUGGUUCAGCUCAACCCGUCUCUGGUGGAAAUGCACCUGCUACAACGCAGCCUCUCCUUGAUGACGCUCAAAAGAAAUCCUCCAAUCAAAGUCUGAGUUCUGGAUUCUCCUCUGAGACAUCUCAACCAGAGUCUACGGAGAGUGGAUCUCCUGUGGAGCGGCCCCUCCUUGGUGGUGGUGGCUCUGAAGAUAAUGUCUCCGUUGAGAGUCAAAGUUCUGGGGUCACCAGUGGGUCAGCGCAGACCAAUUGAUCCCAUAACUGCUGCUGACAUGGGCUCAACGCAUUCCGCAAUGACCUACAUUCACCAACAUGAAAAAAACUGAAGGUGGUCUAAUUCAGUCUCUGGAUCCUGUGUAACACUAAUCGUCUCUGACCUCCUGUCUCAGUUCAAAGGAAACAAACAAAUGUAAAGUGAUUAGAAAUUGAAACUAAGAUGAGUUUUGUUAUUCAGAGUCAGAAAUAAGCUGUAUUCCUCAGUGCUACCAGUAAAAUGUGACAUGCAAAUGAGUAUGAUGAAUAUGGAAAUAUGUUUUAUCCAGUCUGACUACAUAAAUCCCAUGUAUGUAUUUUUGGGGAAAGCAUUUAGAGAAAGGAAUUGACAAACUAGCCAUUACGCUGUUUUUGAUACCUCAUUACAAAUAAGAAGAAUUGGAUGAAUGAUUGUAUUCAGCUUUUAGUUGAGCAGCUUCCUAACGGCAGUAACUGGUGAGAGGAAAGUUUUGCACCGUGAUGUAUUAAUGUUAUAACGGCUUUUUGUUCUUACGACAAACCUGCUAAAAAUCCUCAACAAAAGAUUGCAAAUUAUUCAAAGAAUAAUAUAUUUUGAAAAGAAAAAAGAGACCCAGAGACUUCCAAGUAAUGAAAUAUACUGUAACGUGAGUUUUUCUGUAGACUCAUCAUAAAUGAAACUCACAAUGUGAAAAUAUUUUUGGAUUAGCUGAGGAAAAACUAAAUAUGCUAUUUUCACUCCUUUAUGAAUUAGGGGAUGUUAGUUAAGCUCUUUAAAUGUUAAUAGUUAAUAGUUAGUAGGCAUAGUCCAUAACUGUUCUUAUUUUAUAACAUUAGCCUCAAAUAAGUGAUUAUUCUGAAUUUUCUUACCUUUUUUGCUACUAUUAUUAUUAAUGGAAUACAAGAUUUUGUUUUGGCCUAUACUUCAGGACUUUGAGGGGCUUUUUGUUUACAUUGCUCUAAAGUUGGAAAAUAAAUGAUUUAACAAAUAUGCUCUGAUCUGAUGCUUUGGUUUUACAUAACAUAUGGUAUGGAAUAAAGUUUUAUUCUUUAUGUUGAAUGGUGACAUGAUGAUUUAAUCACUUGAGAAACAUUAAAUGCUCACAAUGUUAUUCAUUUUGCUGUCUACUGAUCAUAGCUUUCUUUACAUGUUCACUGUAUACAGAUCUGUGAAAAAAGUCUUUCGACAAUGCACUGUGUUUUUCUGAAUAAACUAAAGGAUCCUUUAA